UGCUCCUGCACCUUCGGACCCACACGUCUCCAGCAUUCUGCUCAACGCGCAAACUCACUGACUGUCCUUAUGAUGCUGCGUGGAAGUGCAUUGGUAGGAGCUGUAUUCAUAGCGACAACUGCAGCAUGGAACGUAGACGUCGAUGUAGUUCAUAACCAGAUCGCCUUCAUGGCAGAGACCUUCUUCACACCCGAAACGACGUCCGUCCUGGCAAAGAUCCUCGAACCCAAGUACAACGGCUCAGUCGGGCGCUCCGCAGCAUGGGCAGACGCGUAUGCGCACACGAGCGAAGGUUAUUUCUCCUAUCAGUGGCACUGGAUCGACACGCACGACCGCCAGCCUGAAUCUUGCAGUCUAGACUAUACACGGGAUUGCGCCGAGGGCGGGUGUGUUGUCAGUGCUAUUGCAAAUCAGACCAAGAUACUACAGGAAUGUGUACAACAGGUGUAUGCUGAUGAUUUGAUCCGAAGCCAAAACCUGACAUGCUCUUAUGCACUCAAGUGGGUAGCUCAUUUCUUGGGCGACGUCCACCAGCCCUUGCAUACGAGUGGUCGCGCUGUAGGAGGCAAUAUGUUCAGGGUGGUGUUCGGCGGAGUAUCGACGCAGCUCCAUGCCGUCUGGGACGGCUAUCUACCAUAUUUCGCGGCCAAUGUCCAGCAGCCUUUCUCAAACCAGUCGAUCGACCCAUUCUUCUCAGGACUCGUUACUCGUAUUCGUAAAGACCAGUUCUACUCGGCGCCGUACAUGUGGCUGGCUUGCACCAACCCGUCAACACCCGAGGAGUGCGCUACGAGUUGGGCAAAAGAGAGCAACAGGUGGGAUUGCGAUUAUGUGUAUAGUCGCGUGGUGAACGGCACCGAUCUUGGUACCAGCGGAUAUGCAACAGGCGCUGUACCCAUCGUAGAGCUGCAGAUCAGCAAAGCCGCGCUCAGACUGGCUCUAUGCGAUAUGGCUUUUGACGAGUUCAACGACAAAGUCACACCUGCAAACCCUAGCCGGGAAACUUCACCAAACCGCGGUUCUUCCGUCCACCAAUCAGUUGCCAUACCCAAGCCUUGCAAACCACUCCGACAAUGGCAGCAAGAACAAAAUAUCGACGGCGAAGCGCAGAUAAAACUCACCAAACUUGUGCAUAUGCGUUACCAACAUCCCAAUCUCGAUGAAAUAACCACUUUCCUGCGUGACUUUGGUAUGAGUGUAGCCCACAAAACACAAGGCAAGAAAUGGUUCAAAGGAUACGGCGAAGACCAAUACGUAUACUACGUUGAACAGGGAGAGAAGAGGUUCUUAGGCGGGUGUUUUGAAGUGGAAAGCUACGCAGAGCUAGAAAAGGCUUCCAGAGUCUCAGGGGCAGGAUCCAUUGAGGAAUUGAUCGAUGCGCCAGGAGGUGGCCAUAUGAUCACAUUACAUGACCCAGAAGGCUUUCCCAUCAACCUCAUCCACGGCCAAAAUAAAAAACAACCCGGUCCCUUUCCGGAAGUUCUGACAACGAAUUACGAAAAUGAGAAGCCACGAGUCGCACGGUUCCAGCGCUUCAAACCGGGGCCGGCCGCAGUGCACAAACUAGGCCACUAUGGUCUUUGUGUACAAAACUUCCAAGCGGAAAUGCAAUGGUAUACACGCACUUUCAACAUUGUACCUACAGAUUUCCUAUAUAUCAAUACCCCCGAAGGCCAACAGAAAGACGUAGCAAUUUUCGCCCACAUCGACAUCGGUCCUUCCUACACAGACCAUCACACAAUCUUUCUCAGCACAAAUCCUAAAUCUCACGUGCAUCACUGCAGCUUCGAAGUCCACGACUUUGAUACGCAGAAUCUGGGGCACGAGUGGUUGGCGCAAAAAGGGUACACGAGCGUGUGGGGUGUGGGACGACAUAUACUGGGUAGUCAAUUGUUUGACUAUUGGUGGGAUACGACGGGGAAUAUGAUUGAGCAUUACGCUGAUGGUGAUUUGGUGAACGAAGAGACGCCAGUAGGAUGGGGUGAAGCGGGAGACGAAUCGCUAGCCGUGUGGGGGCCUGAGGUCCCGAAGUGGUUCUUGGAUUAA